GGCCGAUCGGACCCGGUCCGGCCCCCCAGAACCGAGCGGAACGGAGCGGCCGGGCCCCCCCGGCAGAGCCCGGCGUUGCAGAGCGGAGAAGCGCGGCCAUGGCGGCGGCCCCGGCGGAGGCGGAGACCCGGCAGCGGCUGCUGCGAACCGUCAAGAAGGAGGUGAAGCAGAUCAUGGAGGAGGCAGUGACAAGGAAGUUUGUGCACGAGGACAGCAGCCACAUCAUCUCCUUCUGUGCUGCAGUGGAAUCCUGUGUCCUGCAUGGCCUGAAGAGGAGGGCAGCAGGGUUCCUGCGCAGCAACAAGAUAGCAGCUCUGUUUAUGAAGGUGGGCAAGAGCUUCCCCCUGGCUGAGGAGCUCUGCAAGAAGGUGCAGGACCUGGAGCAGCUCAUUGAGAACACACGAAAUCAAGCCCAGAGCAUCCCAGAGAACACACGCAAGGUGCCCAAGCUGCCCAACCUCUCUCCUCAAGCCCUCAAACACCUCUGGAUCCGCACAGCCCUCUUUGAGAAGGUCUUGGAUAAAAUCGUGCAUUACUUGGUAGAAAACAGCAGUAAGUACUAUGAGAAAGAAGCCCUCCUGAUGGAUCCUGUGGAUGGGCCAAUUCUUGCAUCUUUAUUAGUGGGGCCCUGUGCACUGGAGUACACCAAGAUGAAGACUGCUGACCACUUCUGGACAGACCCCUCAGCUGAUGAGCUGGUCCAGAGGCACCGGAUCCACAGCUCCCACUGCCGCCAGGACUCCCCCACCAAGCGCCCAGCUCUCUGUAUUCAGAAGAGGCAUUCCAGUGGCAGUAUGGAUGAUCGGCCAUCCCUGUCUGCCAGGGACUACGUGGAGUCCCUGCACCAGAAUUCCCGAGCCACCCUCCUCUAUGGGAAGAACAACGUCCUGGUGCAGCCGAGAGAUGACAUGGAGGCCAUCCCGGGGUACCUGUCCCUCCACCAGACAGCAGACAUCAUGGCACUGAAGUGGACUCCCAAUCAGCUGAUGAAUGGUUCUGUGGGUGACCUGGACUAUGAGAAGAGUGUGUACUGGGACUAUGCCAUGACCAUUCGCCUGGAGGAGAUUGUCUACCUGCACUGCCACCAGCAGGUAGACAGCGGUGGGACGGUGGUCUUGGUGAGCCAGGAUGGGAUCCAGAGACCCCCACUGAGGUUCCCCAGGGGUGGACACCUCCUGCAGUUCCUGUCCUGCCUGGAAAAUGGGCUCCUGCCCCAUGGACAGCUGGAUCCACCCCUCUGGUCCCAGCGGGGGAAGGGAAAGGUGUUUCCCAAGCUAAGGAAGCGAAGCCCUCAAGGCUCCUCCGAGUCUGCAUCCGACAAGGAAGAUGAUGAAGCCACAGAUUAUGUGUUCAGGAUAAUCUACCCUGGGACACAGGCUGAGUUUGUGCCCCAGGACCUGAUGGACACACCAGGUCCCAGCCUGCCCCCCAUCUGGCAGCCCAGCACCCGCAAGUCCUCCUGCUCCUCCUGUUCCCAGAGUGGCUCCUCGGACAGUGGGGCACCCAAUGGCUGCAGCCAUGAGAGAGCCCCACUGAAGCUCCUGUGUGACAACAUGAAGUACCAGAUCCUCUCCAGGGCCUUCUAUGGCUGGCUGGCUUAUUGCAGACACCUCUCCACCGUCCGCACACACCUCUCUGCUCUGGUCCAUCACAGCAUCGUGUCCCCUGAUGUCCCCUGCAGUGCCAGCUCGGGGCUGACUGUGGACAUCUGGCAGAGAUACCUGGAGGACAGCACGAGCUAUGAGGACCAGGAGCUGCUGCGGCUGAUCUACUACGGGGGCAUCCAGCACGAGCUCAGGAAGGCUGUUUGGCCCUUCCUGCUGGGCCAUUACCAGUUUGGGAUGACAGAGGCAGAGAGGAAAGAGGCUGACCAGCAGACCCGCUCCUGCUACGAGCACACCAUGGCUGAGUGGCUGGGCUGCGAGGCCAUCGUGCGGCAGCGGGAGAAGGAGUCCCACGCAGCAGCCCUGGCCAAGUGCUCCUCUGGGGCCAGCCUGGAUUCCCACAUCCAGAGGAUGAUGCACAGGGAUUCCACCAUCAGCAAUGAGUCAUCUCAGAGCUGCAGCUCUGGCAGACAGAAUCACGCCCGGCUGCAGAGUGACUCCAGCUCCAGCACCCAGGUAUUUGAGUCUGUUGAUGAAGUGGAACAGGAGGGAGAUGCUCAGCUGGAAGAUGGCAAACCAAGCAAGGUCCCUAAUGGGACGGUCCCCAAUGGGACCUGUUCCCCUGAUUCUGGCCACCCCUCUUCCCAGAACUUCUCCAUCACAUCAGGAUUCUCCGAGCGCAGCUUCAGCAACGAGGACAGCACCCUGGAAACCAACAAAUCCUCAGGAAGCUCUCAGGGAAAAGCUGGUGGCUCUGAUGUCUCAGCCCCCCAGGACUCAGACAGUGCCCCGCUGGAGGAGAAGCUGCAGGGCCAGGACAGCUUGGAAGGGGAAUUUCCCACCAGUGGCAGCGUGGACUUUGUUCCAGGGGCUGAGAGCUCAACGAGGGCUCACGAGUCCGUGGCCCUGACUGUGGUGGAGAGCUGGGCAGACAGUGAGGCUGAGAAGCAAAGCUUGGUAGAGAGUGAAGGUGCCCUCUCUGAGGAGCCCGAGAUGGAGAGCUUGUACCCCCAGCUGGAUUCUCUGCCUGUAGCUGACCUGACCAACACUGAAGCUUCUGCUGUCUCCUUGACGGGUGUCACCUACUCUCCAGAGCUGCUGGACAUGUACACCGUGAACCUGCACCGCAUCGAGAAGGACGUGCAGCGCUGUGACCGCAACUACUGGUACUUCACCCCCAGCAACCUGGAGAAACUCCGCAACAUCAUGUGCAGCUACAUCUGGCAGCACAUUGAGAUCGGGUACGUGCAGGGGAUGUGUGACCUGCUGGCUCCUCUCUUGGUCAUCCUGGAUGAUGAGGCUUUGGCUUUCAGCUGCUUCACUGAGCUUAUGAAGAGGAUGAACCAGAACUUUCCCCACGGGGGAGCCAUGGACACCCACUUUGCCAACAUGAGAUCCCUGAUCCAGAUUCUGGACUCUGAGCUCUUUGAGCUGAUGCACCAGAAUGGGGAUUACACUCAUUUCUACUUCUGCUACCGAUGGUUUCUCCUGGACUUCAAGAGAGAGCUGGUGUAUGAUGAUGUGUUUGCUGUCUGGGAGACCAUCUGGGCAGCUGCACACGUGUCCUCUGCUCACUAUGUGCUCUUCAUUGCCCUGGCUUUGGUGGAAAUGUACCGAGACAUCAUCCUGGAGAACAACAUGGAUUUUACAGACAUCAUCAAGUUUUUCAAUGAGAUGGCUGAGAGACACAACACCAAGCAGAUCCUGAAGCUGGCUCGGGACCUUGUCUAUAAAGUCCAGACUCUGAUUGAGAACAAAUGAAGGCAAAGCAUCCAGACAGAGAGCCAGGACUCCCCUUCAAACCUUCCUCCCUUCUCCUUUUUCUCCAAGUGCCACUCCUAUGGGAAUGAGGUAGUUGGACACGUGCUGCUCUCUGGACUGCAGUUCCCUUAGCUCUCCACGUGCUGUGUUCAGGGUUAGGUCCAGGGGUCCUGCUCAGAUCUUCAGCCUUCUCCUGUGACUUAACCAAAGAUCUGUACAAUUGCAUUCCCUGGCUGAGGACUUGCUUUGGAGGCAGGACCCAGGCAGUCCCUGGCCUUCCUGCAGCACAUGUGGUGGCCACCACGACUGCCCAGGUGGUUGCCAGCAUCCCAGGGCUGGGCUGGGGUCUGGGAGAGCAGAGCUGCCAUCCCCCCGGGGGGCUGACUCGGGCUCCACAGCCUUUGCUGCCAGGAUUCAAGUGAUUCCUUGGGGAGCUGGGGAAGCAGCCAGGGACAGGACAGGGCUGCUGCCAGCACUCAGCUUCUGACUGACCUUACCAGGUCCUGCCAGCCACAGGGAGGGCUUGGAUCACAGAAAUUCCUCCUCUUUUGAUCGUGUCCCUCGAUGCAUAGCAUCCCCAUUAGUGUAUUUUUCUUUUUUUUUGUGAGAGCUCUGUUCUCUCCCUGGGGUUUUCUGUUGUUUGUUACUACAGAACCUGAGCACACGAGAGCUGCAACUCGGGAUGGAUUUUCGGAAGAGCUCCAAAUUCAGCACUGGGGUUUUUCUCUCAAAAUCCAACCUCUGUAAUGCUCUCUGAACACUGGAAAAUCUAGUCCUGGGAAUUCUAGACUUGAGGUUUCCAUACCUGCCUUACUCUAGCUGCUUGUGUUAGGAGUCUGGUCCCCCUGUCCCUCCUCUGUUAGGGGGGAGCUCCUCGGGAGGCAGCUCAGGAGCCUUUGGGGACUCUCCUGAGUUGGCCUCUGAAGGUGCCAGUCUCUUCCUUUCUUAAUUAGAAGACUCAAAGCUCAGCAGUGCCAGCAGCCCCUGGGUGCCUGCAGGUUUUCUGUCUGCUGCUGGGGGUGGCUGCCAAGCCCCCCAAACCCCCUGAAAGCCUCCAGUGAAGGCUUGGGGGGUUUCUUUCUCCUGGCCCUGAUGGGGAAAGCAGCCCAAGGUCCCUGAGUGCUCUUUGCUUUUGGAAGCUGCACUUCUCUGGCCACUUUUCCUGCAGCCCCUGGAGCUGGGCUGCUGCCACCUCCUCAGGCUGCAACCCAGAGGGUUUGGCUUCAUUUUUCAACUCAGGUAAAAACCAUAAAGGCAAAGGAGAGGUGAAGGUCAGGGAGGGCUUUGCUGUGGCCACAGGAGGCUGCCCUGGAGGUGUUCUUACAGCAGGAGGGGGACACUGGGCUGUGGCUCUCCCUAAGGGUACUUUCUCUCGAGUUUUGCUGCAAAACUUUGUGUUCCCCCUCCAUGCAACGUGUGCUGUGUGUGUGUGUGUGUGUGUGCUCUGCUCCUGCCCUCUGCAAGAUGAAGAUCAGCUCUUCCCUUGCUGCUGCUUCCCUUCUCCUGUGGAACAUCUGUCUGUGCUGACUCUGUGUUGUAUUUCCUCGUGCUAUGUGUCAGAUGUUGCUUGCAGGGAAAAAAAAAAAAGAAAAAGAAAAAAAGGCAGAUGUAAAUCUGCAGAAGGGAAAAGUUCUGCUGCUUCAGAUACAGUUCUGCAGAGUGUGGUGAAGAGAUGUGCAGCUCCUGGGCAGGGCAGCAUCUUCCUGCAGUGCUGGGACACAGAGGCUGCAGCUGGAAAUCCAGGGAAGAGUGGGAUGUGCUGAGCCCAACCGGGGGGAGCAGCAGGGGGGGAGCAGUGGGACCAUUUAUUUCUCAUAACUCCAACAAGUAAAGCUGUACCAACAACCUGGUAAGUUCUCUGCUGGGUUUUCCUGCAUUAAAUCUCCAAAGCAAGAUUGCUCUGCAGUGACACAGGGAAAAAAAGUUCAAAUCUGCCAGGCCAUGUAGGAAUCUUUCAUUGUUCCCCCAAGCAGGGUGGGAAACUUGUGUGUCCUCCCUGCCAGGCUGCUCCUGCUCCCUUUAGGUCCCAGGAUAAGUCACAGUCCUCCUGCAUCCCCUCCUCUGAAGGGACAGUGCUCUGUCCUCCCCUGUUGGAGGGACAGGGACCAGGAGAUCAGCUCUCACAGCACUCUCACCAAGCAGCAUCCCUGACACUUGAUCUUUCAAGCUUCUGUUUUUCAUUUCUUGGUUUUUAAGCAAAAACAGCCAAGAAAUUCUGCACAAUAUUUGCUGUCUGUAUUAACUGAGAGUGUCUUUGGGCCGCUCAAUAGCAGUGUUUUUUGGAUAAUUUCUGGGGAAAAAAAAAAAAAAAAAGUGUUUAUUUAUUGAUUGUACAUUACUGUGUGUCCUUGUGUGCUGCAGUGUGUGUGUGCAUCGUUAUGCAAAUGGAGAUUUAUCUUUUCAGUGUUCUUUACAAUAUCUUGUAAAUGUUUACCAGAAAAUUGUGUCUAUAUAUAAUAUAUAUAUAUAUAUAUACAGCCUAGAGAGAAAAUAUGUGAAUGAAUGGGUUAUUUUUUGAGGGGGGGAGAGGAAAUCUUUUGCUUCUAAGGACUGUAUGGUUUCUAUAGCACCUACUCCAUGAUGUGCCAGUCUGUCACUGUCCCUGUGCUGUGAGUUGUUCUGGCAUGGCAAGAGGAAGCUCAGAGCAGAACCAUGUUCAUGACCUCAGCUGGGCUUGAUUUUUAGUUCUGAUGUUCAAACUGGAAAUGAAUUUAA